CCACGGCCCCGCCCCCGGCCUCUGUUUGCGCCGGGUCCGCGCUGCCCGCCGCGGGGCUCCGGGCUCCCGCCACCACCGCCCGGAGCAAUGAUUAACCCGGAGGGCCGGCCGGCGCCGGGCCCGGGGCGGAGGCGUGGGGCCGGGGCGGGACCCCGCGGGGCCGGUCGGCUUCCUGCUCGCUCCCAAGUUUCCUCGUAGGCGCGGCGCCGGCCGGGCCGCGGCACCGUGUGGCGCGUGGCGCAGGGCGCGGCGCCGGACGCGCGUGGGCGCGGCGCGGGCCGCGGGUCACGAUGCGGACUCUCCGCAGGUUGAAGUUCAUGAGUUCGCCCAGCCUCAGUGACCUGGGCAAGAGGGAGCCGGCCGCCGCCGCCGCGGACGAGCGGGGCACCCAGCAGCGCCGGGCCUGUGCCAACGCCACCUGGAACAGCAUCCACAACGGGGUGAUCGCCGUCUUCCAGCGCAAGGGGCUUCCCGACCAGGAGCUCUUCAGCCUCAACGAAGGCGUCAGGCAGCUGCUGAAGACAGAGCUGGGGUCCUUCUUCACCGAGUACCUGCAGAACCAGCUGCUGACGAAGGGCAUGGUCAUCCUGCGCGACAAGAUCCGCUUCUAUGAGGAAGCUGCUGGACUCGCUGGCCGAGACGUGGGACUUCUUCUUCAGCGACGUGCUGCCCACGCUGCAGGCCAUCUUCUACCCCGUGCAGGGCAAGGAGCCGUCGGUGCGCCAGCUGGCCCUGCUGCACUUCCGCGACGCCAUCACGCUCAGCGUGAAGCUGGAGGACGCGCUGGCCCGUGCCCACGCCCGGGUGCCCCCCGCCAUCGUGCAGAUGCUGCUGGUGCUCCAGGGCGUGCACGAGGCCCGCGGCGUGACCAAGGACUACCUGCGCCUGGAGACGCUGGUGCAGAAGGUGGUGUCGCCCUACCUGGGCACCUACGGCCUCUGCUCCGGCGAGGGCUCCUUCACACACUCCUGCGUCCUCGAGAAGCACCUGCUGCGCCGUUCCCGCUCGGGCGACGUCCUGGCCAAGACCCCGGUGGUGCGCUCCAAGAGCUACAACACGCCGCUGCUGAACCCCGUGGCCGAGCACGAGGCAGAGGGCGCGGCGGGCGCGGGCGUGCGCCGGCACUCCGUCUCCGAGCUGCCCUCCUGCCCGGACGCGCCCGGCCCCGGCCCCGGCCCCGCGGGGGACCGCGCGCCCUCCCCGGGCACCCAGUCCGGGCCCUGCCCCAGCAGACUGCACCCCCCGCCUCGGCCCCCCGGGCCCGGGCCCGCCCGCGGCUCCCCGGCCUCCAGCCCCGAGCACCUGGUGGACCGCGUCCUGGAGUCCGCGGACUCGGACAGCGAGGGCAUCUUCAUCGACUUCGGCCGGCGCGGCGGGGCGGACGGCGUGGCGUUCGAGGGGGACCACGGCCGGCAGAGCUUCGUGUGAGGGCCGCGCGUUUUUUACUGAGCCCGUGUGCCGUGUGCGCGUGUGUGUGUGUGUGCGUGAGAGAGAGAGAGGUUUUUACUCUGUCCCAGCCGGUCCCCGGUCAGCCCGGCCACAGCAGCAUCUCCCUCUUUGGUGGAAAACCAUCGCUGCUCCCCCUCUCCCCGGCCCAGUGCCCCUGUCCUGGGUGUCCGCACCCCGGCUCACCUGCCUCCUGCGGUCACAGGUGCACGGGCCAGCCUUGCGUGCUGGGUGGGCAUCAUCACUCACUCCGCCCAGCACGCCACGCCCACACCCACGGAGACUGUGACUCAGGCCGCGUGACCAGGCCCCGGAACGGCCCUCGGACCCACCUGCCACCCCCUCCCCGUGGCACACCCCGUGUCCGGACCCUGGGCGCCGCCUGCCCUCACUGGCCGUGGGCAGGACAGGACGGGGGAGGAAUAAAACGUGUCAGCCCAGCUCGCGCUGGAGUCGGCUCCCUCGCACAGGGACACUAAUCCUGGCCAUCAGGCCCCACCCUCGUGACUUCACCUCCGGAUGCAACUCCACGGAGUGACGGCUUCAGAAGGAAUUGGGGGACACAGUCACUCCAGGGCACUCUGGUGGGUGACGGGCCCAUCUGUCAGCCAGCGAGGCCCCCAGGCCAGUUCGGAAGCCAAGGGUCACCGAGGAGCAGGAGCCAGGUCCCUGGAGCCUCCUACCCACAUCCCCACACUCCCACCGGAGAGCUGGCAUCUAGGAAAACACCGGGGCCUCCUGAGCUUCCCUGACUGCACCUCCAAGUUUACAUUUGUCUGGGGUAUACAUGUGCACCCCAAAAUGCCCUUGGGCCAGGUUGUCCUGGAGCACCCACUGCACUCCGCUGGUUCACUCCAGGAGGCUUUGGAGGGGCUGCCGGGCGGGCUGUGGCCCAGGAACCCCUGUGGGGGGAGAGGAGGAUCCCCACCGGCUGGGGAGGACUCGAGGAGAAAGGCCAGGCAGUAGGUGUGACUUGGUGAUUUUCCACUGGCCACGAAAGUGACAUUGGACUGUAAUUAGGAAGGCUGAAUGUGCCCCCAGCGAGCGGAGGCGGGGGCUCGGGGUCCUUGCCCACCGUGUUCGGAGCACCUCCCGGGAGAGCCGGAAGGGGUGGCAGCCCAGGCGUCUGCGGGCAGGGGACGGGUGAGCAGUGUGUGUCCGUCCACUCAGUGCAAUGACUGGGCCUUAAAAGGCAGAGAUCCAUCCCAGCCUGUGUGGCUCAGCGGCUGAGCAUCGACCUAUGAACCAGGAGGUCACAGUUCAUUCCCGGUCAGGGCACAGGCCCGAGUUUCAGGCUCCAUCCCCA